AUGGGUGAUGCAGCAGGGACUGUAAAGAUGGCGAGGAAUUUGGAGGGCAAUGACCAAAGAAGCUCGAAAAUGUGGAUUGGACCGAGCACAACGAAACGUUGCGGUGGCAGAAUUUAUAAAGACAUGGCAGCCACUUAUCGUCCUGGUCAUGGUCAGUUCCAGCCUCUUCCAGGAGGGUACUCCUCCUCCCUCUGUAUAGCCUGCGACUCGUCGUUCUCCUCCUGUUACACUAUUAGGUGCGUUACCACCAAACGCUGUACAUCAGUCAACGGCUCACCCAUGACGUGCACCAGCUCCGAGAAUUGUGAACGCAUACCUUGA